AGGAUGCAGAGUGAGAAACAGAAGAACUACAGUGAUGAAGAAGUGAUUAAAAAGCUGUGCUUGGUAAAUGGAGUGUCCUACGACAAAAUUGCCCAAGAAGGGAGCAACAUGAAGUCACUGGAGAUCUUCUUCUCCGGUUUCCCUCGCAUGGUGGGGCUCUCCUUCUUCCCGAGGCUGUGCCAGCUCACCAUCGUAGACCAGAACAUCCAGCACAUCCAAGGCCUGGAGUGUUGUCUUCUGCUGCAGGAGCUCUGGAUCGUCCAGUGUCACCUCACAGAGAUAUCUGGACUGCAGAACUGCGUGCAACUCCAGAAACUCUAUCUUUAUGAUAAUCAGAUCACGGAAAUGCAAAAUCUUGAACUGCAGGUCAACUUAGAAGUUCUGUGGCUGAAUAAUAACUGCAUAACACAGAUACAGGGUUUGCACACACUUGAAAAACUUCAAGAAGUGAACCUGGCUGACAACAUGAUUGAAAAGAUUGGACACAGCCUUGAUCCCCUGGCCAACCUUCACCAUCUCAAUCUGUCCGGUAACAAAAUCAGCUCCUUUAAGGAGCUGACUUUCCUGGCCCGUCUGCCCAGUCUGGGAGAAUUAUCCCUGCAGGAGCCCACGUCCAGCCCAAACCCCGUGUGUCUGCUGUGUAACUACGCCACACACGUGCUCUACCACAUGCCGGGCCUGCAGAGACUCGACACCUACGACGUGUCCAGCAAGCCGGUCAAAGAAGCAGCGGAGUCUGCAGUCUUGAAGAAAAUGAUGUACUACAACAUGCGUGUGCGUACUGCACGGAGGAACCUGGCAGAGACCCGGUCCAGCCUGAUGGAGAAGAAGAAAAGUCUCCUGCAGUUACCUGAAGAAUGCAUCAAGACCCUCAGCCACGCCCUCAAGAGCCUUGAACGUGAGCUUUCCAUGGCGCCGGUCAGCUGUAAGAAGGACGAUCCGGGAGCUCCGCUCCAACUGGAGGAAGGUUCAGCCGAAACCGGCGACUCAACUUCAGACAUCAGUCACGAUCCGGACAGAGAGAACAAGAUACUGCUGAAAAUCGAGGCGCUGAAGGAAAGACUGCGAGCGUGGACCACAAGGAUGGAGGAGAUUGAAGCCUGCUUCGAGCAGGACUUGGCUCGAGCCACCAGCAGGAUGGAGUACACGGUGGAGUUCCUGCUGAUGGAGCUGGAGAGUGUUGGAAACAUUCGUCUGGAGGAGGGCAGCUCCGCAGACUUUUGGUUCACCUCCUGCUGCGACCUCCUGCUUUCCCGGUUUGUUCCUUUAGACUACAGGAGCCACGGCGUUGUCGACAUUAGGAUCAAUACGGUGAUCCGCAUCCACAACAGCGCUCUGCGGCUUCGCUUUGAGGACAGGCUCCACAGCCUGGUAGCCAGUGACGACUCCAUCUGCAGAAAUCACAGACGUCGACUGGAUUACUUAUUCUACACAGCCGACCCUGAAAAAUGUGAAAGGGAAGAAACUUUGUGUAUUCUUGAAGAAGGGUUCAAAACAGCAGAGCAACUGAAGGCCUUGGGGAAAGACGGCGCCAUUCCCUUGUCCAACAGCUUGAGUGUGACCGAGCAGCCCAGAAUUGAAUAUGCACUUCAUCAGUCGAGUCAAGGAGACCCCAAGAGAAGCGUGGAAACCCUCCCCUUCAGGCACGGUCAGGUUAUUGUGUCCAAAGUGUUUGUGGGUAACAGUACGCCUCUUCGAGAAGCGGAGCCGCUGGACAGAAGCAGCUACUCCAGAGUCUUCUCCGUCUACAGGAAUGUGGACACGAAGCACAGGACGAGCGACGACAGACCCUGCUCCACCAAAAUUCACGAGUGCACUCCCCGCCGGAGGCAGUGGUUCGUGUUCGACCAUGAGCUUGUUCUGCCUGAGUACAUCGUUUAUUUUGAAUACAUCACUGAGGAUAAAGAUCAGCCGUCCCCGCUGAGCAGCGCCGCAGGCAGCGAAGCGUCCGUGGACGCCGUCCAGGACAGAGCAGCCGUCAGCAUGGAGCCAGCGCUGAGGCCGCUGCCCAAACUGUUGAGUCUGGAUGAUAAAAUCCUCCUCGCCGUGGCCAGAGCCAACGUUCUCAGUCAGAUCACUGUACUUAACCUUCACAACAACAGUCUGAGCAAAAUAAAGGAGAUUUCCAGGCUCACGGCUCUGCGGCAUCUUACAGUCAGUUUCAAUAUGUUGGCGCGCCUGGAUGACAUUUCUCACAUGCCCCACCUGGAGGUUCUGGACGCCAGCUUUAACCAGCUGGUGACUCUGGAGGGGCUGCGAGGGCUGGGCCAGCUCAAACAUCUGGACGUGAGCUGGAACCGGCUGAGCCGGGCCAGAGAGGACACCGCCGUGCUGAGGAAACACGCCCCGGCGCUGCUCCGGCUGGACACGCGACACAACCCCUGGAUCAGGCCGGAGGAGGUCAGGAUGACGGCACUGGGCCGACUCACGACCCUCACACACCUGGACGGCGAGCUGGUGUCCGAGGAGGAGGCCGCCGAGGCUCUUCGCACCGCCGCAGGCUCCAGAAUCAACCAGAGCUGUCUGACGGCGCACUGCCGCACCCACAGCCAGCGUCCUCGCAACCUCAGCCUGCUGUCCACCGCACAGCUCCUGAGUCUGAGUCCCGCUGACCAGAGUCUGAGCCCAGACCUGGACCCGGACUGGAUGGCAAAGAUCACCACCCUGAACCUUGACGGUCAGAGGAUCAGUAAGUUGACAGGUCUGAGUAAACUGGUGAACCUGCGCUGGGCCUCCUUCAACGACAACGACAUCAGUAAGGCGGAGGGCCUGGACAGCUGCGAGAAGCUGGAGGAGCUCUCCCUCAAUAACAACAGCAUCAGCUCACUCAGCGGACUCUCCAGGCUGCACGGCCUCAGUAAGCUGAGCAUGGACGGGAACGACUUGUCCGGUCUGGACGCCUCGGCUUUAGACCAGCUGUCCAGUCUGUCCUUUCUCUCAGUGGAGAACAACUGCAUCGCUUCCCUGCACGGCAUCCACAGGCUUCGCUCUCUCCUCGAACUCUACAUCGGCAGCAACCGGAUUUCCACGUCCAGAGACAUCUACUACCUGAAGGGUCUGACAAACCUCAUCAUUCUAGAUCUCCAUGGUAAUCCUUUGGUGGAGAAGCUGGAGAACUACCGGAUAUACGUCGUGUUUCAUCUCUCCUCCCUCAAAGCUCUGGAUGGAGUGGCUGUGGAAAUGAGUGAGAGUGAGAGUGCUAAGAAUACGUUCAGAGGAAGGCUAACCACCGACACAAUAGCAGAAAAGCUGGGCCACUCCAACUAUUCAGAAAUCACCUACCUCACCCUGCAGUCCUGCUCCAUCAGGAUGGUUGAUCUGUCUCCAGCAGACGUCUUCUGCAAGCUGCGCAGCGUGAACCUGGACCACAACAACCUCACUUCCUUCUCCGGCCUCAUCCACCUGCCCAGCGUGAAGGCGUUAUGUUUAAACUACAACCACAUCGAGUCCAUCCUGCCCAGGCAGAAGACGCAGGCUCACCUCACCAGCAGACAGAUCCUGCACAGCAAAGUCCACUCCAGUGGCUACGGCCAGCAGAGCCCCUCCAAAGCCAGCAGGGAAGCUGGGCCCAGUGGCAGCCUGGAGCCGCUGAUGGGAAGCCUGGAGGUUCUUCAUCUGAGUCACAAUGGCAUCUCCAAUAUGGCCAAUCUGCAGCUCAGCAGGCUCACCAAUCUUAAAGCACUCUUCCUCCAAGGGAAUGAGAUCAGCCAGGUGGAGGGCUUGGAGGGGCUUCAGCAGCUCAGGGAGCUCGUUCUGGACAAGAACCGCAUCAAGGUCCUGUCCAAGAGCUCCUUCGCAGCCCAGGGCGUCCUGGUCGAGCUGCAUCUGAGCGAGAACCGCAUCCGUGAGCUGAACCACCUGGAUUCUCUGACCGAGCUCCGAAAGCUCUUCCUCGGCGUGAAUAAGCUGCAGGACGUCGCAGAGUUGGAGAAAUUAGCGGUUCUUCCUUCGCUGACGGAGCUCUCUGUGGUCGGCAAUCCAGUGGCCAGAAACUCUCAGCACAGGCCGGCGGUGGUGCUCCGACUGGCCCAGCUGCAGGUCCUGGAUGGUGUGACCGUCACUCUGGAGGAGAGGACGAGAGCAGAACUCCCCUGCUCCGAUCAGUCUCCGUGUCCCCCGCGGCCUGGAGCGUCUGUACCCACCACGGAAAUCAACCUCCCCGGACUGCUCCCCCUCGUGCCUCACAGCGCCGCCGUGCGAGGGCCGAGCGUGAGCGCGGGGCUGCAGAGCCUCGUGCACGGCCACGACGUCUUGCCGGGCAGCGCGGAUGACGACCACUACAUGUUCAGAUACAGGAAGCACAAGCACGGCGCUGUCGCCCGAAGCGGCCAGACCGACGCCGGCCUGCGGCACAGCCGGAGAGCGGGAAGCAGCCUGCCGGCCGCCGGCCUCCUGUCUGACGGGAACAGAGUCACUCUCACAUACUCCAAACAGGAGUCGUACAGCAGAUUCCCCAGUGGCGGUAAACCUCCACACAUGUAG